AUGACAAUUAGAAAAUACUUUAGAACAAUCUUUUGUUGGAAUAGAGUAUCAAAUGAAUUACCAAAUGAGGUAGAAAAUGAUGUUAAAAAUACCAUGAAGAAGAAAUUAAUUGAGAAUUCUAAAAUAAAAAAUCAAUCUAUAAUUCAAUUACAUUCGAUUUACGAUAAAGUAGAGAAAGAAAAAAGUGUUAAUUCACCAAUUUCAAAUGAUGUUAAUCGUAAAGCAUUAAUCCCUAAUAGAAGUUUUUCAUUUAUUGAAUCAUUAAAUAAAUUUAAAAAUCAAAAAAUAAGCGAAUCUCCACCUAAAGAGAUUAAAAUCAUGAAUAGAACAUCUGAAUUUAGUAAUUCUAUGAAAAACAUUCAUAAUUUUUUUAAAAACAAGAAAUUAUUACCUGAAAGGAUGUUAUUUUCGCAUAAUUUUAGGCAUGAACCAAUAAAACUUAACACCUCAACCAAUGAAAAAUUAAAUCAAUCUGAUAUAAAUAAAAAUAAAACUGAUAAUAACAAGAAUCAAAAAAUUAUAACUGAUAAUGAUGAGUUUAAUUUAGAAGAUUCUGAUAUUGAGAAAAUGGCAAUUGUCUCAUGGAUGUUUGAUUUAUAA